AUGGAGAAGCUCAGGCGGAGUCAGCGCACGACGAAAGGCGUCGCAGCGCCAAAACUCGGGUACACAGACACCCAGUCCUACGCUGGUGCUAGUGGUGGAGAUGACAGGAUGACCGAAAGUAGGAGCCAAGCCGUCACCGCGAAUUCAGCUGACAGGCUCAGCGCCAGGAUAGCCGUGUUACAAGCGGAACAGGCUGUGGCGGAAAAGCGGCUGGAAAUCGCCCGGUUGACGGAGCAGGCGAUGUCGGAAGCCGAAGGGACGUUGAGGGAAAGGUCCGUUGAGACCUCCAGCUCUCCUGCGAUGCGAGAAGAAGUCUUCCAGGAAGCGGGUGAGUUGCAUGAGGCGGUUGCAGCCCAAGAUACGUCGCUUAUCGACUUUGACGAUGAUGUAGUUGCACCUAGUUCAGUUGCUGUUCCAACACCAACAGAGUCACACACGGUAGUCGGUGUAGAAUCUCAGCCAUCAGAAGGAGAGGCUUCCCAUAGAUCUACGCACGUAACGUCAGAAUCAGCAGUAGGUCUACACCAUGCAGAGGCCUGUCAGGCUAGCACACCACCACCGGUAGACGUAGUGAUAGACGCACAUGUAGAGAGGGACUCAGAUGUCCAGCAUGUCCGUGCAUUCACUCCGGCACACAGCUACCACUACCAGGCACCGCCAUGCGUAGUCCAAGAUCCGAUUCAUGAACACCUGAAUGAACCUCCGUUUCAUCAACCAGAACCGCAGGCACAGGCACAGACACAGGUACUUCAAAGAACGAUUGAACACACCACUGCUGUUGUAGCCGAUGCCACUUACGCUGACUAUCUAAGCGAGUCCAUUCAGCGGGGAAUAGGGCCCGAGCCCUGGGAUAGGACAUUCGUAGAGCGUCAGCAACUGCCGAGAUCCAGUACUGGCAGUAGUCUACGCAGUGUAGAACGUGAGUUCCGGGCCAAGGAAGUUGCGUAUCAGCAGCAACUACUACAGCUUCAGACGAUGAUCGAUGAAUCCGCGAUCGUCGAGAAGCGGCGCCAGCGAGACGCUUACGCACUGCAGACGAACCUAGAGGAAGCUGAGGCGAGUAGGGCAAUGGUCGAGCUAGCGUGCGACAAGCAAGCCAGGGAUCUUGCGGCAGAACGAGAACGCAACGAUGAGCUGGCCCGAUCGAUGACAGAGCUGAGGCAGCGGCUAUUCGCAGCGAAGUAUGCCCUACGAGAAAGCCGUGCCAGACAACGACGAGCGCCGAAGUCUGGUAGUGUCACUGAGCCUGUUAGAGAAGUACAAGGCUUACCGGUAGUGCAACCACAGCCUGCACAGGUCCACGAGGAGAGACGUGAGCGCUGCGAGUCGACCGCAAGCACAAGGCAUAGCGGUAUCCCGAGCACUACGUCACCCAGUCACCCACACGCAUCCAUGCCAGUACCCGCACCACGAAAGCACCGUCGCGACACGAGUGCACGUGCACGCGGCUACAUGACAGUCUCAGACUCCGACUCAGAGUCAGGGCCACGUGGAUACUCUAGUGCCAGAGCUACGGAGACGUGUACCGGUGGUAAGGGCGCAGCAAGUAAUGCGAGUGAGGUCGAAGACGCGUACAUGAGUGGUUGUACCUCUACUACCGGUACUAUUACUGGCAGCACAGUUAACAGCAAUCCUGCGCGUCAGAUGGCAGACCUGGCCAAGAACGUCCAGCGCUUGCAGACCUGCCUGAAGGGACCAGCCCAGGAGGCAGUACAGCUGCUCCUGGCCGUGCCAGACAAUGUAGACGAGGCCAUCCGGACACUGGAGCGUCGUUUCGGCCGGCCGGAAUUGGUAGUGAAACAGCUAAUCGAGCAGGCCAAGGCGCUGAAGCCAGCCAGAGCAGAGGACACGGACGCCCUGCACUCCUUGGCCACAUCUGUGAGGAACAUCGUCCUCACUAUGAAGCUGCUAAAGAGCCAUGGCCACAGGAACAACCCUGCGCUCCGUGAUGAGCUGGUGGCCAAGCUGUCGCUCCCCCAUCGAAUGCAGUGGGGCGAGUAUGUGAAGGCCAAGGGCCUUAGUACGGAUGAACUAGACCUUGGUGUUUUGUCUGAGUGGUUGGCCGAACGAGCGGAAGCCGCCUCUCUGGUGACACCAACCUCCACCAAGACGGCCGCCGUUCAGCCAACCCCACCGCCUAGAAGGUCAACGACCCUGGCCGCAGUAACAGCGGACACUACCCGCGACGCCACCUCUGACUCCCCAAGGAAGAAGAAGAGCUGCAGGAAGUGCAUGGAAGAGCACGCAAUGGCGCAGUGCAAGGAGUUCCAACAGCUACCCGUCCAGAAGCGAUCAGAGCUGGUGCGCCUCUUGGGCCUGUGUGUGAACUGUCUACAGGACGGCCACUUCGCCAGAAAUUGCACCUCGAGCCACUGCAGGAAGUGCAAAGGCAAACACAACACGCUGCUCCACAGGGACGACUCUGACAGGCCUAGCAGCGGUAGCCAACAAAACGCCGCUCGCACCAACACCGCGAAUAUGGCUUCUGCAGCGAGCGCCCUGCAUGCCGAAACCCCAGCAAACCUACCAGCUCUGAUGACGACUGUGGGGACAGUGAGAUGUGGAGACGUCGAGCUACAAGCAACGAUCAUGCUGGAUUCUGGGUCCACCUGCAGCUUCAUCACCACCGACAUGGCUGAGAAGCUGAAUGUCCCACCCGGUGAGACCACGUCCGUGCGCACGACUGUUCUCGGUGGCAGCUGUCUGCAGCACGAGUCCAGGAUCGCUCCCAUAGAGAUCUGUCACAAAGACUCAACUGCAACAACCCCAGUGCAGGCGGUCGUUCUCCCUCAGAUAACCGCCGACAUGCAACGUGUGGACUGGGAUGCGCAGAAGGCAAGCUGGCCACACCUGCGCGGGAUGAAUCCGGAUACCCCAGCUAACCCAACUGUGGACAUCCUACUGGGCCUUGACGUUCCACAGUUGCACGCCUCGCUAGCCGAACGCCGUGGGCCUGGCCAUGGUCCAAUCGCAAGAAAGACACCACUCGGAUGGAUUUGUUUCGGUCUCCUGGAGGGGAGCGGAACAUCGGCGGAACCAACCGUCCACCACGCCACACAUGCCGCGACCGCAGAGCCCACCAAGCCAACCCUGGAGCUGAAUGCCAUGGUGCGUAGCAUGUUCAAUUUAGACACCAUCCGCUCUACAGCCACGGGAGAGACCAUGUCUCGAGCUGAGCGUGAAGCCGAGAAGGUGACUGACGACACCAUGAGCCUCAACAACAACCGUGUCACCAUUGGCAUCCCGUGGGUCGCUGAAGACAGAAAGCCUCACGUGACCUCGAACAGACCGAUGGCCCAACAACGACUGGCGAGUCUCCAACGGUCCCUGUACAAACGACCUGAGCUCGCAGCAGCGUACGCCGGUGUCAUCCAACAGUACCUGACGAAGGGGUAUAUCCGCGAGGUGCCCGAGACGGAAGUGCACAACGAUGCGGAUGACCAGUGGUUCCUGCCCCACUUUCCCGUGAUCAAGGAGGACCGCACCACCACCAAGGUGCGGAUAGUGUUUGACGCGGCGGCCAAGAAGAACGACGUCUCGAUCAACGAGGAGAUGCACGCCGGCCCAGCACUACAGAACAACAUCGUGAGUUGCCUACUCAAGUUCUGUAAGGAACCUGUGGCUCUGAUGGCAGACAUCAGCGAGAUGUUCCUGCAAGUGGAGCUGGCUGAGAGAGACCGCAGGUAUCACCGAUUCCUGUGGGAGGUCGACGGAAGAGCCAAGGUGUUCGAAUUCCAGCGAGUGUGCUUCGGGUGUAAGGCGUCGCCAUACCUCGCCGGAAAGGCCGUUCAGGCUGUCGCGGCCACCUAUGCCGCCGAAGGGUCACCCACACGCACCAUCAUCAUGGACAACCUCUAUGUGGACGACCUACUCGCGUCUGCGCCAACGCCAGAGGCGGCGGUGGGCCUACGUACUGACGUCCAGGAGACACUGGCCAAGGGAGGCUUCCAUCUACGGAAGUGGAUGUCGAACAGUGCAGAGGUCAUGAAGUCUGUGCCAGAAGCCGACCGGGCGCCGAACACGCUGAUCUCGGUAGCUGACCACCAACACCCCACGCUACCCUGCGUGAAGACGCUAGGAGUCGCCUGGGAUGCUGAGAGCGACCAUUUCACGUUCAAGUACCAGGUGCCCGUCAUCACGCAGUACACCAAGCGCACUGUCCUGAGCAAGAUGGCCUCUCUGUUUGACCCACGAGGGCAAGUGUCACCCUACACCAUCCGAGCAAAGGUCAUGUUCCAGGACGCCUGCCUCCGCGGGCUGGAAUGGGAUGAGGAGUUCGCAGAGCCUGAGGCUAAGGGUUGGAGGAAGUUCUUCGAGGAACUGCCCAAGCUAGAAGCCGUGAGAGCCACCAGGUCAUUCAAGGACCCAGACCGGGAUCCGGCCGAUGCAGAGCUCAGCCUCCAUGUGUUCGUUGACGCAUCCGACGCAGCAGUCGCAACAGCAGUCUACGUACGGGCGAGUUAUCCAGACGGCAUGGCUCGGUCCACGCUGGCCAUGGCCAAGGCUAAACCAGCCCCGCUACACCGACAGUCGAUCCCCAUGCUUGAGCUACGAGCAGCUGUACUCGGCGCCGAGGUAGCCGAACAAGUCGCCCAAGCCCUCGGCAUCAGCUCGUCCGACAUCACGUACUGGAGUGAUAGCCUCAAUGUCCUGUACUGGCUUCACUCACACAGCCGCCGUUUCAAAGUCGAGGUGGGCAACAGGGUCAGCAAGAUCCAAGCACUGUCGGACCCCCGUCAGUGGAGGCACGUUCCGACAUCAAUCAACCCUGCGGACAAGGGCACCCGGGGCCUAUCUGCAGCCCAGCUCGCAUCCGAUGACGACUGGUGGCAUGGCCCGAAGUUCUUACGCGGACCCGAGAGUGCAUUCCCGGCGCGGCCGAUCGAGGUUCCCAGUAGUCUGCCGGCAGAGCUGAAGAAGCGAUCCGCUAUGUCGUUCAGCGCGGUUCCAGGGAGGUACCAGCUUGACCCCUCCAACUUCUCGUCUUGGACGCGGCUCAUCCGUGUCACCGCUUGGUGUCAGCGCUUUGUACGUAACGUCCGUAUACCGAGGGAGGCUGGCGCCAACAGACCAACACCCGCUCCACGACGCAAGUUUGGAUCUGCCAAGUCAGUGAACGGUAUGACAGUACCCGCUCUCUCCCCUGCAGAGGUCCAGGCGGCCGACGUGUUCUGGGUACGGAAGGCCCAGGAGGAGGUGUAUGGCAAGGUCAUCAAGCGACUGGAGUCCGGCAAGGAACCCGAUCCCAACGAGCCAUUGCUGAAGCUGCGACCCCAGCUGGAGGAGGUACAUGGCACAACCGUACUGACGGUCGGUGGGAGACUCACCACUGCACACCAUCUGCCGCUGACGACAAGACACCCCAUCAUCCUGCCACCGAAACAUCGGGUUACAGCCCUGAUCGUGGAUGACGAAGACGAGAGAUGUCAGCACUCCAUGGGUCCCAACCACCUGCUGGCCAACCUCAGCAACCGGUACUGGCUGAUAAACGGGAAGUCCGUUGUGCGACAGCAUCGCCACAGGUGCGUCAAGUGCCGACGAGGCUACGCGAAGGCUUUGACUCCAAUCAUGGGAGGGUUGCCGGAUUACCGGACCUCGUCACCACUUAUCGCCUUCAGCAAGGUGACCAUCGACUUUGCCGGUCCAUUUCUGACGCGCCAGGGACGAGGCAAGGUGCAGCAGAAGCGGUAUAUCUGCGUAUUCUCGUGCCUGCUGACCAGAGCGGUACAUCUGGAGCCCGUCAACUCGCUCGACACAGAUGGGUUCUUGAUGGCGAUGACCCGAUUCUGCAAGAGGCGUGGAACCCCGGAGUUCAUAGUGACAGACAACGGGUCGAACUUCACCGCCGCAGAGCGACAGCUGCGCGAAGCCACCUGCACGAUAGAUCAAGACCGCCUAACCACCCACUCCGAGCUGCGAGAUGUACAGUGGCAUUUCAACCCACCGAGAACGCCCCACUUCGGUGGUGUAGUAGAAACGAUGGUCAAGGCAGUCAAACGCGCACUCUGGCAUGUGCUGCACCAGGCUGGCCUCACGGAUGAGGAGUUCUCAACAGCGCUGGUACAUGCCGAGGCAAUGCUGAAUUCCCGUCCCCUUACCACCGUAUCAUCUGACAGCGACGAUCCAGAAGCGUUGACGCCAAACCACUUCCUGAUGGGACGCGCGGCUGCAGUCACACACCUCGAGGCGGAGACAGAGGAUCUGGAGAAGGUCCACCCCAGACGGCGCUGGCUGUUUCUACAAGUGCUGACAAGGCAAGUUUGGAAGAGGUGGCUGCGAGAGAUGGUCCCGGCGCUAAACGUCCGGUCCAAGUGGUACAGGAAGGCAAAAGACGUCGAGGAGGGUGAGGUCUUCCUUGUCAUGGAUGAGAGUACUCCGCGCGCGACAUGGCCUCUGGGACGCGUCACAGCCACAUACCCAGGGCAAGAUGGUGUCGUCCGUGCAGUCAACGUGAAGAUCAAAGGCAAGGAGUAUCGACGAUCAGUUCAUCGCCUCAUCCCACUGGAGGUAACAGAGGGUGAGGUGGAGCUCGACUCCGAGAACUGCCCAGCCACAGCCAACGUCAAUGUGGACAAUGUCACCAGCUGA